GCUGGAAAAAUACAAUGCCGCUAGUGGCAUCUUUGGAAUUAGUUUGGUAGUGAGACAAAGGAAGACAAAUGCCCCAGGUAAAGUGGCAUUUGUACUACCUCUUUCUUUUUAAAAUUAUUUUUGCUAUUUACCUAGUUGGUAUUCAUUUAAAAGUUAUUUUAUAACAGCGCAAUGGUGGAUAGCAUUUGGAUCAACAACUCCAAACUGGCAAAAGUUUGUUGUGAAAAUUCUUAGCCUUACGUGUAGUGCUACCAGUUGCGAAAGAAAUUGGAGCAUACUCCAACAUUUUCAUAACAAAAGGAGAAAUAGGCUAUCCCAGCAACGCUUGAAUGAUUUGGUAUUUGUGAAAUAUAAUUGAACUCUGAGGCGUUGAUAUGAAAAACGUGACACCAUUGAUCCCAUCCUCCUUAAGGACAUUGAUGAUAGUAAUGAGUGGUUAAUUAGUAGGAUGGAUGGUGAUUCCGAUGAGGAUGAUGAACUUGUGUUUGAAGAUGAUAUUUUGACUUGGGAUUCUGUUGCUAGAGCUGUUGGACUAAAUAACCCCCCGCAUCACACUAGAUCAAGAAUAAGUGCAAAUAUGCCAUCAUCGUCUAGAGGAAGAGGAAGAGCUUCAUCUAGCAGUGCAACCAGUACUAGGGGCUGGACCACAAUGUUGGAACUUGUAGAUGAGGAUGAAAUCCAAGUGGAUAGUGCGGAGGAGACGGAAGAGGAAAAAGAUGUUGGAGAAAACAAUUCUGAUGAUGAAGAGGAAGAUGAUGAUAUCUUCACGGACUUAGUUGAUGAUGAGUGAUGACUGAUGAUUGAGGAGGAUUUUUAGAUUUUAUACUUUGAAAUCUUUUAUUGUACUCUUUUCUUUUGAUGUUGAAUUGUUGAUGCUUUUGGGCUUUGUCCUGGCAAUUUUAUUAAAUUUCCAAUUUUG